AAGAGUUUGACAAUAUCUCACAAAGGAAUGUCAUGGAGAAGUCUGAGCUUGAUAUUCGUAGACGCCAAUUGGCUCUGGUGAACAGAGAGGCCUGGCUGGGAGAAUAUGUCUUUUCCACAGCUAACAAGCUUGAUUCCUCACUCAAGAAAAACACAGCUUUCAUCAAGAAGGUCCGCACAGGCAUUAAUUCUGAUCAGUACAAGUCGAUACUCAAGGAUAUCGAGACAGUUUCGCUUGAAAAGUACAUUUCAGAAAUCAUCACAUCUUUGUCCGAAGCUUUGUUCAAGGUGCUGAGAUCUGAUGACAUAUUGGCCGCUAUGGAAGUCGUGCUGGCUCUCCACCAACGGUUCCCUACACAAUUGGCUCCGUACUUACUCAUAAACCUCCUUGUGGGAGUAGCCAAUCCAAUUCGUGCCCACCAACUGGACAGAGAAAAAGAGGAAAUUGCACGCAUCUCACGGCAGAAGAACGUACUCAGACUAAUUGGAGAGUUCUACAUAAUUGGUAUAUUUCGUAAACUUAACGAUUGUACUAAAGAUAUGGUGCCAGAUGAUAUAUUGCGUAAAUUUUCCAAGUCAGCUGCUGAGCCUAUUGUGACGCCGGUGUUGAAAGAUGUGUUGAACUUUGAGAUAAAUCUCGGAAACUCGCUUGGAGUCUUACAGGCUUUCUUAAAGCGAUUUCAACACAUAAUAUAUGAUGAGAAUAACGAUUUGCUUAGUUCUGAAGUUAAAAACGUUUGGAGACAAAUUUUCACCAUCUACACGAAGGCUGUUUUCAGCAUCCAGGUUGACCUCAAUCGCCAGGCUAUAAGCGUUGCUAGCAGAAACAAGAAGGCGGCUAUCAGAACUGGUAAAAUCCUCGAUGAACACACUUCAGAAUUGAACGAAGUAUCUGAAUUGUUGGAAAAAUUCAAAUCUGCAGCAGAAUUUUUGGGAGGUGUAGUAGGAAUGACACCUCCGAAAUUAUUUACUGAGAACAGCAGCCAGGUAUCCGAAUCUUCCACUGUAGAAGUCGUAAAACAAAAGUCUCUAAACGAAGAUGAAUUGGGAGGAAUAUGGGACGAUAUCCGAGAAAAGAAUUUCUAUACAAAGAUACCUACUUUAGAAGAACUACAAGAACAAUACCCACCUACAGAAAUCAACACAACCAAGGAUGGUGAAAAAAUAGAGUACUUUCUAUCCAAACUAGAGAAUGUACCCCAAUCCAACGUUGACCAACUAGUUGUAGAUUUCAAUGACCUCCAUUUGAACAACAAGGCUACCAGAAAUAGAAUCUUGAAAUUUCUCAUAGAGACACCAGAGAUUAGCAACUUGAAGUACUACUGCAGAUUCCUAAAAGUCAACGAGUCGAAUUUGUCUGAUUUAAUCCACGAAUUGAUCGAAUUCCUCGAUAAAGGCUUUAGAUCACAAAUAUAUCAUAACAAAUUGAAUUUUAAGAAUAUUUACUUCUUUGUGGAAUUGAUCAAAUUCAAGAUGAUUCCCACCCACAUUAUAUUUCAUAAGAUUAGAACUUUGACUUUGAACAUUACUUCAUCAAAUAACAUCGACAUCUUGUCUGUUUUCUACGAACAUGCUGGGAGAUUUUUGUUGAAUGAAACUGAGUAUCGUGAGUUGAUGUUGAGCAUGAUUUCGCUAUUGAAGGAAAAGAAGAAAGCGCAAAAUCUUACUAUCGAUGAGAAAAUGGCUAUUCGUAAUUUGCUUGUUGUCAUAGAUCCGCCAAUAACCAAAGUAAACAAUUUGCAACAACCAAAAUUCACUGUCGUUCAACAGUAUAUAAGAAGACUCAUACAAGUCGAGUUGACAAAUAAGACAGCCUCACAAGUUUCUGUCGAACUUAGAAGGGUAGACUAUCGAGCUGAUAAGGACAAUUAUUUUGUUUUGAUCGAUUGCUUGUCUAGUCCUGAGGAUUUGAAUUAUGACAAUAUUCCGUCACUUGCGGAAAUUUUGGAAAAGAUGUCCAAGAAAAAUAAGCACGUAUUGGCCAGAACUGUCGAUACCAUUAUAGAAAAAAUCAUUCGUGGACUCGAAGAAAACGACUACAGAUUAAACAGAGUUAGAAUGGCCCAUAUCAAGUACAUUUCGGAUAUUUUCAACUACAAGCUCGUUAACUUCAAGUUCAUAAGAGAUUUGCUAUACAAGAUUGUUACUUACGGACAUCCAAAUAAGCAGCCACUUCCAGGAAAUAGAAGUAUAUCUAUUGAUUUGCCAGACAACUAUUUUAGAGUCCAGCUAUGCUGUCUUUUAUUGAUGUCUAUAGGAUCUGUGGUAGAAGUCGGAAGGCGGAGGAAGAAAAUUCAGAAGAAUUCCGAGCAAGAAGAUGUAAACAUUUCAGCCUUGCGAGACUUUUUGAUUUUUUUGCAGUAUUACACCUACUGCAAGGAACAGCCAAUCCCUAUGGAAUUGGAAUUCAGAAUCAAUGAUGUUCUAGUGAAAUAUAUUGAUACGGGCAUGGUAAGGUUUGUUGGCUUGCAUGAGUCUGUAUUGGCCUUGCAGGGUGUUGUGGAACGAAACAAGUUGAGAGCAGAGCUGAACGAAUAUGACGAACCUGAAGAUGACGAAGACGAAGACGAAGUUGAAGAUGAUGAUGAUUUUGAAGACGAUGAAAUCGAUAACUAUUCAGAUGAUUAUGGUGAUGAUGAUGGCUAUGAUGAUGAGGAUGAUGAUGAAGAUGAUGAUGAUGAUGACGAUGACCAAGAGGAAGAAGAUGACGAUAAUGAUGAUGAAUCUGGAUCAAGUGAUGGAGAAAGUGAAGAACAUACACGCGUUCUUACGGAAACUGAAAAAAUCAAGCUAGCAGAGGACAAGAAGUUCGCAGAUGAGUUGGAAGAAGAAUAUAAGAAAAUCGUCCUAGAUUCGUACGUGUCCAAUCAAAGUAUUGCAUCAUCAUCAAGAGGUAAAUUCAGCGUUCCCAUCCCAACUAGAGUGGCCAACGAACAACCAUCCGAAAAUAAAGGCAAGGUUGGCUUCAGUCUCUUAACAAAGAGCGGAAAGAAAACUAACGUGAAACAGCUUAAUCUACCAACCGAUACAAAAUUUGCCGAAACUAUUCUAAGAGAGAAGGCAAACCAACAGGAGCAUAAGGAGAGAAUUAUGAAUUUAGUUAUGAAUAUGGAAACUUAG